AUGGCGUACUUAGUGAAGAUGAACAGAAGGCUAUGCUUAUGGAAGAUGGACAAGGGUUACAGCACCCAACAGGGUCAGAUUGCAGAUUUCUCUACUGCUAUGCUGCAAAUGAGAGAGAAUUUUUCACUUGCAUGGAAGGAGGGCCUAAAACAGAGGAGACUCAAGCAUCAAGGUAUUGGUCGGCCAAGUGUAUACCAUGCUGUGGUGGUUAUAUUCCUAGAAUUCUUUGCCUGGGGACUAUUGACAACACCCAUGCUAACAGUCUUACAUGAAACGUUUCCUCAUCAUACCUUUUUAAUGAAUGGUCUUAUUCAGGGUGUGAAGGGAUUUUUAUCCUUUCUGAGUGCUCCAUUAAUAGGUGCUCUAUCUGAUGUGUGGGGAAGAAAGUCUUUUCUUCUUCUUACAGUUUUCUUCACUUGUGUUCCAAUACCAUUAAUGAGGAUAAGUCCAUGGUGGUACUUCGGUAUGAUUUCAGUCUCUGGAAUCUUUUCUGUUACCUUCUCUGUAAUAUUUGCCUAUGUAGCUGACAUAACACAAGAACAUGAGAGAAGUACUGCCUAUGGAUUGGUAUCUGCCACCUUUGCAGCAAGUUUGGUAACUAGUCCUGCAAUUGGAGCCUAUCUUUCUGCCAACUAUGGAGAUAAUCUGGUUGUACUAGUGGCCACAGUGGUGGCUGUUGUGGAUAUCUGUUUCAUUCUGUUAGCUGUACCAGAAUCUCUGCCUGAAAAAAUGAGACCUGCUUCAUGGGGAGCCCCUAUAUCAUGGGAACAAGCAGAUCCUUUUGCUUCCCUGAAAAAAGUUGGGAAAGAUUCUACAGUCCUCCUGAUCUGUAUCACAGUGUUUCUCUCCUACUUACCUGAGGCUGGCCAGUAUUCUAGCUUCUUUCUGUAUUUACGACAGAUUAUAGGUUUUGGCUCUGCUAGUAUUGCAGCGUUCAUAGCUGUGCUAGGAAUUAUGUCUAUAAUAGCUCAGACUGUAUUUCUCAGUAUCCUGAUGAGGUCGAUAGGGAACAAGAAUACAGUCCUCCUUGGUCUUGGCUUUCAGAUACUCCAACUGGUUUGGUAUGGUUUUGGAUCUGAGCCUUGGAUGAUGUGGGCAGCAGGAGCAGUGGCAGCUAUGUCAAGUAUUACAUUUCCAGCAGUUAGUGCUCUGGUUUCACGAAAUGCAGAGUCAGAUCAGCAAGGUGUUGUCCAAGGAAUAAUAACUGGAAUUAGGGGCCUGUGUAAUGGCCUGGGGCCAGCGCUCUAUGGUUUUAUUUUCUUUCUCUUCCACGUGGAGCUCAGUGGAUUGGUACCUGUCCAGAGUUCUGAGAAAAAUACCAUGGAGGAUCCUAGUGAUGAGAGAGCAAUCAUACCUGGUCCACCCUUCCUCUUUGGAGCAUGUGCAGUCCUUCUGGCUUUUCUGGUUGCCUUAUUCAUUCCUGAGCACAGUAAAGUCAGCAGUACCAGGAAGCACAGCAACAGCAUCAGCAGUACCCAGAGCAACAAUCCAGAUCGUGGCAGUGAAGAGGACAUAGAACCACUGCUUCAAGACAGCAGUGUAUAGGGCUAGCUUUAAAGAUUUUUUAAAAAACAACAAAAAAAACAGCAGCUACAAGAACAAAUUCCACGUGCGCUGAACUCCAAAAGUGGGCAGGAUGCAGGAAGCUUCUGGCCACUUAAAGGAGAUUAGCCGAGAGCAACUCAUCCGUUGUGUGUGGAUGGUGAAUUCUGGAUGGGCCUGUGGUUAUACAAAACAAAAAUCCCACUAAGUGUUUGGUAUUAGAGCAGGGUAAAGUUUGAGACUUUUAAUCUUGUUCCUGAUAUUCAACCACGAAUGCCAUCUGAAGCCCUGGUUUUGGAGCGAAAAAUCUUAAAUACACAGACCUUCCUGAGAGACCAAACUUAAAAAUAAGUUGGACAUUUUGUUUCCAAAGUCAUAUGCAAAAUAAGCAGGUCUGAGGCAGAAUGCAGUUCUUGCCAACAUAUAUUUAAAGAUUUAAGUUUUGCAUUUCUUAUGUCUUGUCUUUGUAUGCAUGGCCCCUUUUCCCCUCAUGGGUAUGGGAGGGGACUAAUCUAUACAGUUCUAGUAUCUGAAACGCUACUGAUGGAUAAAUGUCAUGUUAAAACUCCUAAGCCUGUAAACUACAAUAUCCCUUACUAACAUAGAACCUAAUAUGCCAUAGAACAUUGAUAGAACUAAGAUUUUUUUUUUUAUAGUUAAAUGAUCACACAUUGAGAACCUUGCCUGUGAAUGAAGGUCACAUACAAGUCUUAAACCCACAUUCCAGAGGUGUCUGACCUGAAGUGGCUAAAAAAAAAAAAAUCUUGGCACCCAGGAGCACUGGUGAGGUGGUAACACUCUGCUUGUAGAAAAUGGGAUUGUAAUGACAUGCUGUGUAACACAAACAAAUGUGAACACUGCUAGUGUGGAGAGUCAGGUUAAUUGGAUGCCAAGGUAGUUUACAUCAAGACUUGUGUGUAUUUUUUGCAUUUUGUCACUAUCUGCCGUAUGAAAAUUCUUCCCAUUAAUUUCACCCCUGCCUUAACUGCUACUUAGCGUGCAUUUAUAAUAUAAUUGAUCAUAUUUAGCCUUCAUAUCAAUCUCUCACCUGCUGAAUCUCAUGGAAAUAUGCAUAUUAAAUUCCUUUCUAAAAGAUGCUUUAAAAAGUUCAGUGUCUACAAAGCAUUGUGCUAAUUUUUAGAGACAUUUUAUGAAAAGUUAUACAGAUUUAUAUGUAUUUUGCUGCAGUGUAAAUGGUCCAUUAAACAAAACCAACUUUAACAAAGUACUCCUAUGAAUGUUUUAUAUGUAUGAAAUAUAUGUAGAUAUUUGUAAGGAGUUUUAAUUUUUUUCCAGAUGGGGUGCUGUGUAAAUCUUGUAUUUAUAAAUGUAAUGAGGGUACUGACAGAUAUACAGCUUUUUAUAAAGGAUUGUGUAUUGACCGAACAAAUUUUAAAAAAAUAUAUAUUUUGAAACUUGUUCCGCCUUGAACAGAGAUAACAGACCUUUUGUACAAUGCGGUUUGGUUUUUAAGUUAAUAAGCUAACUAAUGCAUAAUAAAUCUGCAACUUAUGCUUUCUAGGU